GGAAAAUGAGCACAUAAAUGAACACAAUUAAUUCUUUCGUAAUAUGGAUGUUAGAAUAAAGCAAAUCUUACUAUAAUGAUUUUACAGCAAUACUUAGAAUGUAGAUUUUUAUGAGAAACAAGAAAAGCAUUGAAUAAGAAAAUGCUAUGCUUAUUGAUAGAAACACAAUCAUGCUGGAGCAUAUAAUUUAGAUUAUAAAUUAAUUUUAAAUCAACAAUAGAUAUAAGCAGGCUUUCAUUGAAGGGAAAAGAAGAUUUAACUUAAUUGUCAAAAAUCAUGGUUUGAAUACGGAGGUGGAAUUAUUGACACUUGCAUUUAUGUUGGCUCGAAGAAACUAAGUCAUGCAGUUGUAAUAGUGGGUUAUGGAAAGGAUCAUUUUAAAGUCUAAAAUUCAUGGGGUUCAGGAUGGGGUGAAAAUGGAUUCUUUUAAGUUUAAAGAACCGGGGAAUCAGAAUGUUUGGAUAAAAUUAAGAAAAUUUCAUAUCUUAUAAUUGAAUGAUCCUAUUCAUAAAUUUAAAUUCAUUUUUCUAUAUUUCCUAAACUUUUCUAUAUAUUUUAUCCUCAAAUUUAAAAUACCAAUUUAAGAUUAAAUUAUAUUUAUUUAUCAAUAGUAUAUUUAUGAUUUUUUAAUAUCUUUAAAUAUUCUUAUUACCACAACAUAAAAAUUAUUAUGA